AGAAGAAGAAGAAGCAAAAAAACAACAACAACAAAACAAAGAAACGGCUGGGCUGCGCGUCACUCAACCAACCAACAAAGUCAGACAUUCUUCUCUUUCUGGGAGCUUGAAAAAACUUCUUUGACCCUCACCUCGGUAGAAAUAUGGCGAUGAAGAGCUUGGUGGCAUUCCACUCGCAGCUUGCCGCCAUCAUGGACGGUCUGACCCGGGCCGCCGUGGCGGAGAUCAGCCACCUGGUAGACGAAAGCUACGCCGUCCUCCAACUGGAGAUCAGCCGCAGUCGCCAGGAGAAUGAGGCCCUGAGGAGGAAGCUGGACCUCAUUGAGACCAUCGUCGCAAGGGGGCACGACGGUGGGCGAGUGGCCGUGCUGGGCCCCGGGAGCCAGGAGGACCCCUGUGGAAAGACCGGGGACUCAACCACCGUGUGUGUAACAUCAUCAGGAGUCUCCAAUUCAGAAAGCGGUGGAAGGAGAAGUGGGCCGAGCGUUUCCUCCGCACAAGCAGCAGAGGCGAGUGAAGGGGAUGUUGUGAUCAAACAGGAAGUGGCCAACUACACCCAUGGCCAGAAGCUCAUUGAUGAGGACGGAGCGGUGCUGCAACCAUCGCCAGAUGACGGUCAAGGAGGUCCAUCUGGCACGUCUGCCACCCCAUCAGCUGAUGUGAAGCCUUGGGAAAAUAACGACAACCACCUCGUCGAGCCUCACAGUUCCGUCAGUGCUCCAGAGUCUCCGGGUCUAGCAGGUGGUGCCGGCGACGCAACAGACAUGUUUGAUUUGGCCUCCGAGUCAGACGAAGAAGUCUUGUCUGCAGCGCAGAGGAAAGGAUUGGUCUUAGCUUCAGGAGGUCGUACCACGGGUGAACUGAACCGGGUCGACUCGCUGCCUGCCUCAUGGUCCGACAACAGCGAGGUGGACUUCUGCCCUCCAUGGGCCAAUCAGGGCCUGCCGAGCGUAAUGGCUGUCUCUCACAGGCAGCAUCUAGAGCGGGACCACCGGCCGAUGACAUUAGAAAAGAUGUCUGACUUAACCACGGCUUUCCCUUUAGCGCUGGGCCUGGUGGCGCAUAAGCUGGAGGCUCUGGAUCAGAACCGCCUCAACAGACGCUUCGUCUGCAACUAUUGCGGCAAAUGCUUCACGUCCUCACGCAGCCUCGAGACGCAUGUGCGCGUUCACACAGGCGAGCGUCCGUACAGCUGCGGCCAGUGCGGGAAGCGCUUCACGCAGUCGGGCCACUUGAAGACCCACCAGAGUGUCCACACGGGCGAGAGACCCUUCAGCUGCCAGCACUGCACCAAGAGGUUUGCUGGCAAACAGAACCUCCGCAUCCACUUGCAGAAACACCACCCUGCAGAGCCAGCACACCCCGCCCCCCUCCACCUGCAGGAAGGGUGAAUCUCCUUCCCAAAUAAAUGUACUCACGCUUUUGUGUGAUAAGUUUUAACUUAUUGUAGACCUUCAACCGUCCUGAUGGUGGCUUCAUCAUCAUGACUUCACACUGUGUGGCCUUCCUGUAAGCACUUCCUGUAAGGCUGACAGCUGAGCCCUGUAAACGGACUCACACUGACUACGGUGCAGCUCCGAUCCUGAUCCAGCCCAGAUUGAUGCAAAGUGGCACUCGUUGACUGAAAACCGCUGUAGCCAGAGCUGCUCUGCACGAAGCUAAUGUGAACCUACAACAGGGAUUUAAAUCUUCCAGAAUGCCGGAGGCUGCAGCGGAUUCAGGCCCUGUUCACACAUAAGCGGGUAUCUCAUCAAACAAAGUUAUUUUUCCACGAUUUGGCCAAUCCACACGAGCCUGCAGGUUUUCAAAACCUGUUGGGGUGGACACCAAUAACCCAAUGCAUUUAUAGGGUUACACGUUGGUUUGUUUGUUUUUUAAUACAAGGUUGCGUGGACAUAAUGUUUUUCAUAAACAGACGGUAAAAUAAGCGGUUUUAAAAAUAGCCUGCAACGUGUAGACAAGUCCUCAGUGUGAGCCUGGGGUGAGAAAUUUGUUGACAGUUGGGUUUGCCACAACAGCAUGUUUGUUUCUUAAUAAAAAGGUAACUAAAAUAAACUACAACUUUGAGUGUUGAACCAAGUGCAUUCAAUGGUUGAUCCAUCCAUCUUCUAUACUGUUGCCAGCCAAGCGUAGGGCACAUAUAGACAAACAAUUAUUCACACUCACAUUCAUACCUUGGCAUAUACCACAAUGAUUUGGGGAUGUAUCGCCAUAUGAUGAUAUAAAACAAUAUCAAAUUUUAAUCCAGUGGAGUCUUGUAUCAAAAGCUACAAUCCUUAAGGCAUGUAAUGAAAUACACUUGUCUCAAAUUGAAAAGCACGAUUAUUUAUCGCUAACAAACUGUAAAACUUUCUAAUGGAAUUUCAGCCUCUGCACGUAUUGCUACUAAAUCUUCACCGAACUAUAAUGCC